GUCUACCCGAUCUCAGAGAUGGGGGGCAAAGAGACUGCUUCUUCAAGGGGUGCAUGCUGGAAGGGUGCAAACGAGAGGGUCAGACGGAGGGAGCAAGGAUUCCCGGGUCCCACUGCGAUUUCUCCGACCAAAUAUUCUACCCUUUCCCCACGUUGGAGAUGGGAUGCAACAGGGCUUCGGAAUCACACUAUCCCAGACCAGCUGUGUGACCUCUCCCAACCUGUUUCCACUUCUGUACACGCGGAAACAGUGAGAGCUGCCCGUCCGCGUAUAAACCAGUGAAAAUACCUGGAGAUAGGAGGAGCAUAUUACAUGUCAGCCCCCUUGAUCGUCUCCCCACGUGAGAGUCCCCAGUUUCCCAGGGAGAGGACUCAGUGCCUGCCUUGGGUCUUUUCUAAGCUGCCUUCUUUUCUGUUCAAGGUCUCCCUUUUUCUGCAGCUCUCGCUGGACAGCCGAGGCUCCCCAAACCGGGGUGCAUUUGACGCUGCCCAUCCACCACUCUGGAAAUUAUUGUACUUGCAGAAGCGGUGACGAUGCUGUCGGGAACCCCGGCAGCGGCAGUGGAAUGCGAGGACGCGGAGUUGCGGUGCCGCGUGGCUGUAGAGGAGCUGAGCCCCGGCGGGCAGCCGCGAAGGCGCCAGGCUCUACGCACCGCAGAGCUGAGCCUGGGUCGUAACGAGCGCCGCGAGUUGAUGCUGCGGCUGCAGGCGCCUGGGCCAGCUGGGCGGCCGCGCUGCUAUCCCCUGCGCGCUGCGCGUCUCUUCACGCGCUUCGCCGCCACUGGGCGGAGCACAUUGCGGCUCCCCGCCGAGGGCGCUCCUCGGACAGGCGCUGUGCAGCUGCUGCUCUCCGACGCACCUCCGGAUCGCCUGCGCCGCUUCCUGCGCAUGCUGCGCGUCAAGCUGGUUGCGGCCCCGGGUCCCCCGCCGACCUCUGCCCGCACGCAGCUGCUAGGCCCGAGGCCCCGCGACUUCGUCACCAUCAGUCCAGUGCAGGCGGAGGAGCUGCGGCGCGCAGCUCCCACCCGAGUCCUAGACACCACGCUGGUGAAGCAGUCCAUGGAGCCCCGUGCGGGGGCAGAGCCCAGCACUGAAACCCCAAGGUGGCCCCUGCCUGUGAAGAGGCUGAAUUUACCCUCCACCAAACCACAGCUUUCUGAAGAACAGGCUGCAGUGCUAAGGGUCAUCCUGAAAGGACAGAGCAUUUUCUUCACUGGGAGUGCAGGGACAGGGAAGUCUUAUCUGCUGAAGCGUAUCCUGGGCUCACUGCCUCCCACAGGCACUGUGGCCACUGCCAGCACUGGUGUGGCAGCCUGCCACAUUGGGGGUACCACCCUCCAUGCUUUUGCAGGCAUUGGCUCAGGUCAAGCUCCACUGGCCCAGUGUGUGGCCCUGGCCCAGCGGCCAAGCGUGCGGCAGGGCUGGCUAAGCUGCCAGCGGCUGGUCAUUGACGAGAUCUCCAUGGUGGAAGCAGCCCUAUUUGACAAGCUGGAGGCUGUGGCCAGAGCUGUUCGGCAGCAGAAUAAGCCAUUCGGAGGGAUCCAGCUCAUCAUCUGUGGAGACUUCCUGCAGCUGCCGCCUGUAACCAAGGGUUCACAGCCCCCACAGUUCUGCUUUCAGGCCAAGAGCUGGAGGAAGUGUGUCCCAGUGACCCUGGAGCUGACCAAGGUGUGGAGGCAGGCAGACCAGACCUUCAUCUCUUUGCUACAGGCCGUCAGGCUGGGCAGGUGCUCAGAUGAGGUAACUCGCCAGCUCCAGGCCACAGCUACCCAUGAGGUGGGGCGAGACGGGAUUGUGGCCACAAGACUCUGUACCCACCAGGAUGACGUGGCUCUUACCAAUGAGAGGCGGCUGCAGGAGCUGCCAGGUGAGGUACAUAGCUUUGAAGCCAUGGACAGUGAUCCUGAGCAAGCCCGGAUCCUGGAUGUCCAGUGUCCUGUUAGCCGUCUCCUUCAGCUAAAGCUAGGAGCCCAGGUGAUGCUGGUGAAGAACUUAGCGGUCACCCGGGGCCUGGUGAAUGGUGCCCGAGGGGUGGUAGUCGGGUUCGAGACUGAGGGGAGAGGGCUUCCCCAGGUGCGGUUCCUUUGUGGAGUCACUGAGGUCAUCCGUGCUGACCGCUGGACGGUGCAGGCCACUGGAGGCCAAUUCCUUAGCCGGCAGCAGCUGCCCCUCCAGCUGGCUUGGGCAAUAUCCAUCCACAAGAGCCAGGGAAUGUCCCUGGACUGUGUGGAGAUGUCUCUGGGACGUGUAUUUGCCAGCGGCCAGGCCUACGUGGCCCUUUCCCGGGCACGCAGCCUGCAGGGCCUGCGUGUCCUAGACUUUGACCCCAUGGUGGUUCGCUGUGACUCCCGUGUGCUGCGCUUCUAUGCCAGCCUGCGGCAAGGCAGGGGCCUCGGUCCGGAGUCUCCAAAUGAUGAUGAGACAGCCUCAGACCAGGAGAAUGUGGACCCAAACCUUUGAGCCGCCAUGAGAAGACAAAGGAUGGUUUCCCCCUCCUCCCUAGUAGGCCAGGACCCUGGGGAAUAACAGGGGGAGAGUGGUCAGUGCCUCUUUCUCCCUUCAUUAGGGGCUCUCAGCCUCCUGGCAGGCGUUAAGGGAGAGUGCUUCCCACCCAUUUGCCAGCUGUCCCUCAGUUUCUCCCCUUGUUCUGGGUGAGCUGCUUCCCAGGUCAGUAGUAACCCUUCCUGAGCCAGUGGGAAUGGGCCUGUGCUGGGUAUCUGGUGUUAGAGGACAGAGCUCUGCAAGGGCUGACCACAGGGCCACAUGGUCAUGAACGCCACCCCAUUUGGGCUAUGGAGGGAGGAGGCAGAUGCUCCAGGAGCAGGAAUAGGCUAUAGGGGUCCUGGAGGACUCAGGCCUAGUUCCGGCCCUAAACAGAGAAGGGAACCUGGAGAACCUUCACAGCUAGGCCCAGUCUAGCAUAGCCAGGAAAACCCCUUCUUGAGCCUGACAUAAGAGCACACACUGCAAACUGUGUGCACGUAUCUUAAACUGUUUUUUGGUGGGGGAAGAAAUAGUGUGGGGGGAUUGAAAUGGAUGUUCUUAGAUUGUAUUUAUUUAGGACAAAUAAACUUGUGAAUUGUGUAA